AUGAAUCCUGUUUUAAAUUGGUUUAAACCACGAUGGCGUUUAUUAAUUGUUUUACUAACACCAUUAGUCUUUCUUCCCAUACCACUUGUUGGCAGAUCUUCUCAAGCAAGAUGUGGUUAUAUUGUAAUUAUUUUAACUAUUUAUUGGGUUUUUGAAGCAAUACCAUUACCGGUGACUUCCCUAUUACCACUUGCUCUUUUUCCGAUGGCUGGUGUUUUAACUGCUGAACAUGUAGCACCACAUUAUUUUAAAGAUAUAAUUACAUUGUUCUUUGGAAGUAUGUCACUUGCUUAUGCUGUUGAAUCUGUUAAUCUUCAUCGACGAAUUGCAUUAUUGUCCUUUUCAAUUAAUUUUAAUAUGCUUAGGUCUAUGGCUGGUUUAAUGGGAGUAACUGCUUUUCUUUCAAUGUGGAUUAAUAAUUCAGCAGCAGCAUCGAUUAUGUUGCCCGUAGCAUUAGCAAUUACAGAUGAACUUGAAAGUCAUAGUAAAGGCUCUCAAGAAAAGAAAAAUCGUAUUAAAGAAGCCACAGUUGCCGUGAAUGAAAUGGUUGAUAUAUCUAAACCAGAAUUCAAUAAUGAACAUUCAACAGAAGUCAGUUUAGAUCAAUUACAUAUAGAAGAACCAAAACCACCAAUUCCUACAAUAUUAAAAAAACGUUUUCAAUUGCCAUGGAAAAAUCGAAAUCUACUUGUAUCUGUAGAAUCACACGAACAAAAAUAUGCAAAAAUAAGAAAAGGUUUUCUUCUUUCUGUUGCUUAUUCAGCAACUAUUGGUGGUUUAUCUAGUUUAGUUGGUACAGCACCUAAUAUUUUUGUUAAAGGUUUUGCUGAUAGUCAAUACAAAAAUACUGCAUUUCGUAUAAAUUUUCUUAAUUUUCUUCUCUUUGCACUUCCAGUGGCAUUAUUAAUGCUUGUUUUAUGUUGGUUAUGGUUACAAAUUUAUUAUAAUUUCAAAGAACUAUUUCAAUUUCGUGUCGAUGAAGCAACUAAAGCAGCACAAGCGGAUUUAAAAGCAAUGUUAAUUCAACAAUAUAGGGAUCUUGGAAAACCAAAAUGGAGUGAAUUAUCUGUUGCAAUUGUUUUUGUUUGUAUGAUUAUUUUAUGGGUAACAAAGGAUUUUUCCGGUACACCUGGAUGGGAAGUUAUAUUUCAAGAUGAUUAUAUAAGUGAUGGAACAGUAGCUAUACUCUGUGGAAUACUACCAUUAAUUUUACCGAAUGCAAAUCCUUUAAACAAGGAUUGGAAAUAUGAACCAAUAAUUGGAUGGAAAAAUUUAGCACAACAUAUGCCAUGGGGUGCUCUAAUAUUACUUGGUGCUGGUCUUUCUGUUGCAUCAGCUUUUCAAGCUUCAAAAUUAUCAGAAAGUGUUGCACGAGCACUUCGAUUUCUAGCUGGUAUACCGCAAGCAGCUGUUAUUUUAUUAAUUAUUAUUAUUAGUGGUCUAUUUACGGAAGUAACAUCAAAUUUAAGUACAGCAAGUAUCUUCUUUCCAGUUCUUGAUUCAGUAGCACGUACGUCAGGUAUGCAUCCAGCAUUUCUUAUUCUUCCUUGUACAUUAGCAGUUUCAUUGGCUUUUAUGUUACCUAUUGCGACACCGCCAAAUGCUAUUGUUUUUGCUAGUGGUACGAUUCGUGUGAUUGAUAUGGUAAAAACUGGUAUUGUUAUGAAUAUCAUUGGCUUUUUGGUUAUUUUUUUUGCUGCAACGACUUGGAUGCCAAAAAUUUAUGGAUUGAAUGAUAAAGCAACGGAAAUAUUUUUUAGUAUCAAUACAACAUUAAACAAUCCAGGAUUAUAUAAUGGAACCGUUUAA